UUGGCCAAUGUUUCACAGUCAGAUGAGGAACCCAGCAUGUAUUACCAUGGCUACACCAGACUAAAGGGGUGUAGUUCCAUGCCAGACCUGCAGAGGGAGACUCUUCUGGAGGAGCUGGAGAUGGAGGCCCUGCCUGCCAGACCCCAGUCGCCUCUGGUGCUGCUGGCCACUGGGCCCUGCUCCAACAUCGAGAAGUCCAUUGACCCUGCCCACGACCUCAGGAGGUUGCUACAGGACAGAGUGAUUGUGGAUCAGGCUGUGACAGACUCUGACACAGACCUCCCUCCUCUGAUCAAGGCCCUGGCGUGGAGAGGUUCCACCAAACUACAACAGUUCACACACACUCUGCAGAAACACGAAGAGGAGGGGGAGAAGAGGGAGGGUGCCAGUGGAGGAAGGUACAGGGUGCCAGUGGAGGAACCGGAGCACCCCCAGGGAGCUGUGGUGAACGUGGCCCUGUCCCACAUCUCUCUAGCCCGCACAGCCGCCGCCCGUGUCUCAGACAGGGUUCUCCGCGACACCAUUAACAUCCACACGUACCCACCCGUCUACAACUACCUCACCAAAGAGCUUGAGCUCUCUUCAGUGCAGUGGCUGGAUCGUAACCUGUUUGCCGGGGAAGAAAUAAAGGAAGUCUAUAAGGAGUUAUCCAAAAGCAAAUCUACACAGUAUCUCAACUUCGAUGAGGACCCCAUGAUAGAGCCAGCCCUGACCAACAUCAGAUGGAGUAUGAAGAAGAAGAACCACCAGAGGUUCAUCAACCCACAGCUGAAGAAACAGAACACCAAUGCCAUGUCCCACAGGAAAAGGACAGAGAUCCCAGCGGACCAUAAGAAACCGGAAGACCAGAAUUCCCGGGCCUUCACAGCCUGGCUGCAGUGGUGGAAGACUGACCUCUCAGUCGAGGACUACCUCCGAUACAUCACCAAUCAGGACAAUGACUACCUGUGGGCGGCGUUCCACCUGUACGAUAGUGGCGAUAGUGACGAUGAGGAGGACGAGAGAAGAAGACUGCUCCAGCUACGAGGAGACGAGAGGAAGAAGAGGCGGAGGCAGAAGAUGGAGGCUCUAAAGGGUCAGAAGCAGGAGUACGUGACAGGGGUGUGGAACGUCAACACGGUGCUGCUGGGAGGGCUGUGGAAGGAACCCGAUCUGGAGGAGGAGGAAGAGAGUCCAGAUGAAGAAAUAACCAGCUCUAAACAGGCCACAGCAGCAUGGGAGCGCGCUGCCCGUCUCAUCCAGCAGAGGAGUCUCUGCUGGCUCGUCUGGAGCUGUUUGAGAGGGACGCUUCUGACCCCAACCGCUUCUUCCUGCAAGGCUACCGAGGCACCUCUCUAGCCAGGAUGGAUGAGUCCAAGCACCGGAGAAAACUCAACUCCCAGAUCUGUUCUCUGGAGAAGGUUUUGUCUAAGAUUCUCCACCACAUUACAGACAGCUUCCAUGACACUGUCACCUACAAGGGGAGGCCGUACAGGGAGAAGAUGCGCUGGGACCGCAUCGAGAUGCUCUACUGGCUGCAGCAGGAGCGUCGGGUCCAGGCUCUGGAGAGGGUGGUGGAGGG